AUGGACAACCUGACAUUCAGACAAAACAUUCUCCUAGUGGAAGGACUCAACGUUGCACAUCAGUCUUCAUAUUUUGCCUUCACACUGCUUCUCUUGGCAUAUGUCUUUGCAAUGGUAUCAAACAUUGGACUUAUAUUUAUAAUCUCAACAGAGAAGAAUCUGCAUGACCCUAUGCAUUUUCUAUAUUGUAACUUGCCUCUGAAUGAUAUAAUAGGCACCACUGUCAUUAUGCCACGCUUACUACAGGACAUGUUAAGGGAAACAUCUGAGCGCUAUAUUACAUAUGUGGAGUGUGUUAUUCAAGCUUAUUUUGUGCACGUAUUUGCAGCAACAUGUCAUUAUGUGCUUAUGAUAGGUCUGACUCUUCGUCUGUCUCACUGCAGAUUUAAAAUUGAAAAUCCUUUCUGUGACAAUGCCUCACUUUUUAAACUGUCAUGUGAAAAUGUUGUCAUUAAUAAUGUGUUUGGAAUGAUUUACACUGUUAUUGUUGCCUGUCUGUCAGUAUUGUAUAUAUUUAUAACAUAUGUCAGGAUUGCUACUACAUGCAUAACUAGGAAAAACAAAGCACUGAACAGCAAAGCCAUAAAAACAUGCACCACUCAUUUAGCUGUUUAUUUAAUCAUGCUUGUUUCUGGUUUUAUUUUUAUAAUUCUCCAUCGUUUUCCUGAAUAUUCUGACAGCAGGAAAUUAGCUAGUAUAAUGUUCCACAUUGUACCACCAGGACUAAAUCCCUUAGUAUAUGGUUUACAAACCAAAGAAAUAAGACAAAAGAUUGUUAAACUUUGGUGUAGCCCAACCUGUAGCUCUACAAUGUCUGUUGAGAGGCCCCAUUUCCUCAAGGCUGCUGAGGCAGCAACGCCCCUGGUCGAGUGGCUUUUACUUCCAGUGGGCAGGGAAGGGAUAGCUUGCAAGGUCACCACCUGGUCUCUGAAGGAAGUGGUGGGCACCUUGGGCACUUAUCCAGGCCGGGUUCUCUGGAUGAUGUGA